AUGCGGGUACUAUCAUCCUCCCCACAUUCGCCAGCCUUUAGAGCCCGGCCCGCUAGUUCUCCCACUCCCCAUCUAAACGCCGGGAAUAUUGCAUCCGAUGCUGGCGACUCGGCGAAUGCAGCUGCUGCAGCAUCUACUGCCAACGGUGCCGCAGCUUUUGUCGCUACUAGAACCAGCGUCUCCGCGCGCUCCGCUUCCGCCACGACCUGCUGCUCCGCGCCUGCAGGGCCCCCGCCUGCACCCUCCGCGACUUCCGCUUCCGCCCAUUCAGAUUCCGCCCACGCCGUUUCCGCCCCUUCAGCCUCCGCCGCAGCCCCGAAGGAGCUGCACAUUGGCGGCUACCGCGUGCUGUUCCCCCACACCCCAUACCCUCCGCAAAUACAGCUCAUGGCUAAGAUGAUCUCCGCGCUCGACGCCUCCCUCUCCCCCCACGCGCUCCCCCGCGCCCAACCCCACGCCCCUCCGCCCGCGCGCGCGCGUAUGGGCAGCACGAACGCGCUGCUCGAGUCCCCCACGGGCACGGGGAAGACCCUCGCGCUGCUGUGUGCGGCGCUGGCGUGGCAGAAGCGCGCCAAGGAGGACCCCGCGCGGCUCGCGCAGGCGCACGCAGGGGGUGCGGGGACUGCGGGGGCUGGCGGAAGCGGUGGCGGUAAUGACGGGGAUCCUUAUACUACUGGGGGAGGGUUCAUUGUCCCAGAUGCUGACGGCACGGGAAUGGGAGAGGGCGCAGGCGAGGAGGGAGACGAGCCGGAGAAUGGCAGAGGAAGCGCGGAUUUAGAGAUGGAAGGACAGGGCGACGUGCAGCGGAAGGGGCAUCAGGGCGGGCAGCAGCAGGGAAAACCGGCUCAGAACGCGCAGGUGGUGCGGGAGCUGCGCAAGAGCAGGCGCACGCACAGCCAGAUAUCUCAAGUGGUGCGGGAGCUGCGCAAGAGCAGCUACUCCCCUUGUGAGCCGUCUCAGAAACACGCCCUCGUCCUCCUUCCCCCACACUCCCCGCCCUCCGCUCGUGCGCCACCACAGGCGCACGCACAGCCAGAUAUCGCAGGUGGUGCGGGAGCUGCGCAAGAGCAGCUACUCGCCUACCAUGACCCACCGCACCAUACGUCCUGCUCUCUGGCUGCUCCCUCUCCCCUGCUGGCCAUACCACUGCCUCCACUGCCACCACUAUCACCACUAUCACCAUUGUCACCACCCCCUAUCCUCCAGGCAUCGCGCAAGCACUACUGCUGCAACAACACUGCGCUCAAGAAACCGUCUGUUGACGAGGCAUGGUGGUCUGCCAUCCUCUCGUUCGUGACUCCGGUCCUUGUGUGUAUCUCGGCCUUCUUCAUCUGCCAUGCCUUCUUCAUCUGCCAUGCCUUCUUCAUCUGCCAUGCCUUCUUCAUCUGCCAUGCCUUCUUCAUCUGCCAUGCCUUCUUCAUCUGCCAUGCCUUCUUCAUCUGCCAUGCCUUCUUCAUCUGCCAUGCCUUCUUCAUCUGCCAUGCAUCUCAGCAAGGCUCUCUUAUCCCCGGCAACUACGCUGAACUGAAGGGCCAUCCUUCACUGCAGCCCGGAGGGCCCCUGGCAGUGCACGAUGUGGAGGACCUGGUGAAGCUGGGGAGGCGCACCAAAGGGUGCCCGUACUAUGCAGCGCGAGCAGCAGCAGAGGACGUGGAUGUGGUGAUGUGUCCAUACAACUACGUGCUGUCUCCCAUGCACCACUUUCUGCUGCCUCCUGCCACCAACCCACGCCCCCCGCCCUCCUCUCAUCUCCCCGCCCGCACUGCACCAAUUUGCCUUUCCCUCCUUCCCCUUCCCCUUCCCCUUCCCUUCCCUCCCUCCCUCCCUCCCUCCCUCCCUCCCUCCCUCCCUCCCUCCCUCCCUCCCUCCCUCCCUCCCUCCCUCCCUCCCUCCCUCCCUCUCUCCCCUCUCCUGCCUAUUUUCCUCUGCAUUUCCUCUCUUAAUCUUUCCUCCUUGCACCUCCUCUCCUCCCCCUUCUCCCAUCCUCUGCCAAUCCGACACCACUGCAGAGCUCUCUCAGAGUGGCUGAAUCAGCAGAGUGAACGGUUGCUGGCGCAACAGAAGCACAAGCGGGGGAGGAGUGGCUCCAAGGCUUCUUUUCAUAACAGCAAUCCGUCAGACGAUGCUAUUGUUCUUGCAGGGGACCAGAUCCUCGCCGCCCUGUCUCUUGCAGGCUUUCCGCUGGCCCACUUCCCACUGCUUCUGCAGUGCUCCAACAAGGUAUUGUCCAUCCAUCCCUCCAUCUGUCCUUCGGCCUGGCAUGCCAUGCAUACGUUUCACCGCAACACUCAGUUCUCACUCUCCCAUAUGUCUGUGACUGCAACUGCAUUUGGUGCAUCUGCGUGUGCAUCUGCAUUUUGUGCAUCUGCGUGUGCAUCUGCAUGUGGUGCAUCUGCGUGUGCAUCUGCAUCUGCAUGUGGUGCAUCUGCGUGUGCAUCUGCAUGUGCAUGUGGUGCAUCUGCGUGUGCAUCUGCAUCUGCAUGUGGUGCAUCUGUGGCCGCGGCUGCGCCCCCAAUCAACCAGGCCCUGUUUCUGGCGCGCAGUGACAAGGCUGUGGGCUUCCAGGUGUCUGCCAAGGGUGCUGCUCUUCUGGACGGUACGUGUGUGCCCGGAUGCAGGGCUCUUCACAGUGCUCUCUUCCAUUCUCAGCGAUGGCUGCAAGGCCCUGCCAGACUGCUUUUGAGGCGCCUCAAAAGUCGUUCCCCUCUCUCCGCUCUCCCCUUCCCUUCUGCGCCAGGGCUCUUCACAGUGCUCUCUUUCAUUCUCAGCGAUGGCUGCAAGGCCCUGCCAGACUACCGCAUGCUCGUGCACGCACCCACUGCUGCUCCGUCCUCUGCUGCUGCUGCUGCUGCUACUUCUGGUGCUGGGACAGUCACAGACGGCAAGACUGCAGGCGUCAUCCCCAGGGGUCCCUCAGGUCUCAGCCUCAACGCCAGCUACACUAACGCAUGCUCGCCUGUCUUCCAGGACGAGUUAGCAGAGGCGCUGCUGCCGAUACUGGCAGCGACGCCAGGGGGGAUGCUGCUGUUCCUGCCGUCCUUCUGGCUGUUGGACGCCCUCUGUGCUCGCUGGAAGGCCACAUCCGCAUGGCACCGCCUCUCCUCCCUCAAGAAGAUCUUCUGCGAGCCCAGGGGAGUGGAGAAGCUAGAAGGAGUGUUAACACGGUACAGGCGGGAAGUGCAGCAGAGUGCGACCAAGCCAUGGACCCCCCUCGCAGUGCCACAACAUUCCUCUGGAGCAGCACCAGGGGGCGCACGAGCAGAGGCAUCCGCUGCAGCAGCUGAGACAUCGGAUGUAGAAGAGGGAGGGAAGGGGAGGGGGGUGCGGUGGAGAGUGGGUGGGACCGCGGGGGGGAAAGGCAGAGGAAGCAAUGGAGCCAUGCUGAUGGCCGUGUGCCGCGGGAAGGUGAGGUGUUGGUGGGAGGUGGAGAUGUGGGAGGGUGUGGUGGGGAAUUUAAGAUAG